GCGGGGAGUAUCGGAUUUCAACGCCAUCUUUCUAUAAAUCACGGUCAUUUUUUUUGCGUCCAUUGAAUUGCUCGAGCUAUAGUCUCGAUGGCUUCUUAUUCGGCUGCUACACACUCACUGUUCUCGUUUCGACUGUUCAAAAUGGGCUUCAGUCGGAGUCAUCUCAAAAAAGGAAUUGCUGGUGUCCUAGGCCUUCUCACACCUUCUCACACCUCGCCGACAUUGAACAUUUCCUGGCGCAGUUAUUUUUUUUUUCAAAAAAAAAGAUACCCCUUGGGAUGCAUGUACUACAGACUUUUAUAUACGUAUAUAUCAUUACCUUGAAUUUUGUCUCUUUUGGAAAUUUUGGAUUCACUUGGAAACGAG